AUGGCCAUCCAUCAAUGCAACUUUGAAUGCUCUGUUUGCUUUCAGAAGUUCUCCACUCUACACCGCCUUGACAAACACCGUUGCGUACCUCAAGCGAUAUUGCAAAGUAGUGCCGAUGGGGGACUAAUUGAGCUGUCCUCCUCCAGGUUGCGGUCAAAAUCGCAGGAUAAAGCUCGUCAGCCAACUAAGAAGUAUCACUGCCAAAUUUGUCCUAACUCUUUCUAUUCUUUUCGUGGAUACAAAGAACAUUGCUCGCAACAUCAGGGACUUCGUCCACAUCUGUGUUGGCCCUGCCAUAAGUCUUUCCGAACUAGCGAACUAUUGGAAUUUCACAGAGAAGUUCACAAUCGCGGUCCCGUUUAUUGCGAAUAUUGUCCUGCUGUGCUCCAAGGUCGAAAUCAGUACACUCAGCAUGUGCAUUCACUGCAUCAAGCUGAAACGGGCGUCACUAGACAAACGGGAGUAAAUCUAGUUGAUCGAGCGGACGGUGCAGUUUCUACACAGUCUUUUCCGGAUUUGACUGGACGUGAAUUAGCUGAGAAUCUUUUCCGAACUAGAGCUCAGUCUGCAGACCAUAACGAUCAUGAUGCAGCAAAUAUCAGAGUGAAAAAUUUCGCAAUAGGCGAUAAUGUGUCCACUUCUGAAGAGCGUCCAGUUCGCUGUGAAGUUUGUCGUCAUCUUUACUACACAAUCCCGCACUUGGUAGAACACUGGAUGAACUCCGGUUUCGACCGCGAUCACUCGUUCUGUGUGAUGCCAUGUCCUCUUUGCAAUUACUCGGCUAAC